AUGGAUAAAACCCCCAAAAGACGAGGACGGCCUCCAAAGCCGACAUCUCUAUGUCAUAGAAUAUCCUCCACCAUGAACAUCAAUGUUAACACACCUCCUCGGUACCGCAGCCCUACGGCCGAGUCUAACUCAAAUAUCAUGAUGAGAAGGGGAACACCGAACUGGUUUGAUCCAAUUAUGAAAGUUUCACCGACCCUGUUGCCAGGUUCAACGACCCCAAGACGUCGGUCGAGAAAAAACUCGUCGGCUUCUUCCACCCCAGUUUAUAAGAGACAGAGGGUCAAUCUGGCUUCCCAGGUGCCCAAUGUGGCCGUGGACGACUAUUCGGCUUUCACCCCGCAAUCGGGAAUACCAGACAAUUCACUUUUGUCGUUCCAAGUCAAUUCCAAGGCAAUUGAUAAUAUCGCCAUGAUCACCCAGUCAGAGCUGUUGCAGACGUACCGCACUCCUCCAGCCUCCGUUGUUCGGCCCGGGUUUUCUUCCACUACUUCUGCUCCUUCCAUCUCUCGAGGCUCCGGUUUGAACUCGGCGAUGGAUUUGCAAAUCGGCUUUGAAGGGUCUCCGCGUAGCCGGUCGGCCGAAUUUUUGGGAGCUCCGGUACAACUAGGCAAGGAAACCGGGACCAGAACUUUCAGACCCGACAAUGACGAGUCCAAAGAGUUCCUGCUCAAACUUGUGGUCGACCUGCUGGGCAGGGCAGUAUUGUCGCUGGGUUCCGCAAAUGUCACACAGCAACCACAGUCGCUCAAUUCUGCUAGGACCAAUGAGGCCUCCAUGAAGGUUAAGGAGGAGCCAGUACGGAAGCCCCAGCUCCAAUAUUCCUAUUCGGCAAUGGGAAUCGAAAAGGCAUCAGGGUCUCAAAGUUUCAAUUUAGAUGUACCAUUUACUGAAGAUUUGUCCAAUGGUGUAUUUUCCCAGAAUGCACCGGAACAAGAACAGCGGAUUUCUUUGAGAAGGUUUAACUCUGAUAUUACUGGUCUCUCUUCUGGGUUGAACGGAAGCACCAGUAAAUUAUCGUCAAUUGCUGAGCCAUUUGCCGACGUUUCUCCAUUGGAAAAACUUCCCCAGACGCCCAGAAGAGAAAAUUAUUUCUUAGCGCCUACCAUGGGACAAACUCCCAACAACACUGGGUUCAACUUGACACCUCAAUUCAGCUCAAUGAUGAACUCAAUGAUGUUCUCUCCACAACAGCUGCGUAAGCCUGUGCAGGGCGACUUUUUUGGAGGCUCCGAGCUCUUUCAACUAGGCAAUAUGCCCGCUCAGCAGUAUCCUACAGUGAAUAUGAUUGAUCUUAUGAAUUUGCAAAGCAAUGAGAUGGGAAAGAACAAUGGAGAACGUGAGGACGAGGUAUCGCCGUCAUCUUCUCCAAGUGUGGAUUCUGGAGAUGCUAGGUUGGCGUUAAAGAAGAUUAUACAAGUUAAGCGUGAAAGUUAA